AUGGCCUCAAGCUCUCUCAGCAAGCAAAAGCUUUCUGACUCCUCUUGGACACCAAAACAGAACAAGCUGUUUGAAAAAGCACUUGCAAAAUAUGACAAGGAUACCCCUGACCGCUGGCAGAAUGUGGCCAAAGCAGUAGGUGGAAAAUCUCCAGAUGAGGUUAAGAGACACUAUGAAAUCCUCUUGGAGGAUCUCAGACACAUAGAGUCUGGCCGUGUUCCUCUCCCCAAAUACAAGUCCACAGGAAGCAGCACCAAUGUUGAUGAUGAAGAGAGGCUUCUGAAGUAUCUUAAGCUGAAUUAA